AUGCAAGGCAUUGUGCCAUUUAAUGGAUACUGUGGAUGCAAUUGGUGUUUGCACCCCGGUAUAUACAUAGGAGGGUCAGUAAAAUGUCCUGUGCAGGAAGUUGAUCCCGAGGAACGCACAGACGCACAGAUGUGUAGCGACAUGGAGUUUGUACUCGAGACUGGGACUGUUGUGAGGGGAGUUAAAAGCGUUUCUCCACUUAUUAACCUCGAACACUUCAAUAUUGUCUGGGGUUUUGUACCAGAGUAUAUGCACUGUGUUUUACUUGGUGUAGUUAGACAAUUUUUAGAGUAUUGGCUUACGUCAUCUGACAAAGAGUGCUAUGUUGGGCGGCAGACUGCAGUGCUUGACAGCAGGAUUUUAAGUAUCACGCCACCCCGGGAUAUGAGGAGAACACCAAGGUCUCUAAAAGGGGGAAAAUUUUGGAAGGCCAAAGAGCUACAAAAUUGGGCCCUCUACUACAGCCUUCCUGUCCUUAGUGGAUUCUUGCCUAGCAGGUUCCUCUCCCACCGGGCCCUUCUAAUGGAGUCUUUACACCUGAUGCUGCAGCAGAAAAUUUCCUCUCGAGAUGUUGACCUUUGCGACCUUCUCAUGGUAGAGUUCGUCAUAAAAACACAGCAUCUUUAUGGCGAAGAAAGCAUGACCUUCAAUGUACAUCAAAUGGAACACAUUGUCAAGAGUGUCCGUCUUUGGGGGCCUUUGUGGGCUCACUCUGCAUUUCCCUUUGAGGCUGGCAAUGGCAAAAUGAAGUCUUGUAUUAAGGCGGCAAAGGGGAUUCCAUACCAGAUUUGUCGGACGUUAUCGCUAGAGAAUGUCGUGGCUGAGCUGGAAGAGCUGGUGACAGACACUGCAGUUUCUACAUUUUGUUCAUCGCUCGAUUCUCGCAUCACACUUAAGUCUGUCAGCCCUCAGACAGAAGGAGUCCGCAUGUUGGGCAAGGGGUGCCCCUAUAAGGAGUUUAGUGGAGCUUUGCUGAACCCUCCCGAAGUGUCGUUUUAA